AGUCAUUUGCAUGCAUGAAGCCUAAUAUCGGCAGUUCUUUCGGCUGCAGGAUAAAGUCGGUUUGAAAAUAUAGUGAAAUGAUGCAAUUCAUGUUAUUGUUCAGCAGGCAGGGAAAACUACGAUUACAGAAAUGGUAUGUGGCAUAUCAGGAUAAGGUGAAAAAGAAAAUUACUCGAGAAUUGGUUACGACAAUUUUGGCUCGGAAACCGAAAAUGUGUGCCUUUCUAGAAUACAAGGACCUUAAAAUUGUUUACAAAAGGUAUGCAUCACUGUAUUUUUGUUGUGCAAUUGAGCAAACAGACAACGAAUUGUUAUGUCUAGAAAUUAUCCACCGAUUUGUUGAACUGCUGGAUAAGUAUUUUGGCAGUGUUUGCGAAUUAGAUAUUAUUUUCAAUUUUGAAAAGGCAUAUUUUAUAUUGGAUGAAUUCUUGUUAGCGGGCGAAAUACAGGAAACAAGUAAAAAGCAGGUUCUGAAGGCAAUUGCUGCUCAAGAUCUCAUUCAGGAGGAAGAAACACCGCAAGGAUUUUUUGAGGACCACGGCCUUGGUUAAGAGAGGAAAUGUCACCUGUGUCAUGUUUCCUUCCAAUGAACUGAUAAUAUACGUGUUUCUUGCAGUCUAUCCUUGGGAAAAUCUAUGCUGAGUGAUUUUUUCAUGUCAUUUGUUCGAGAUCUUUGUAAUCACUGUGAUAUUUUUAUCAUAAAAGGGCCGAAUGUUACCUUAUAUUUUGAUUGUUAUGAUUUUUCAUUCAGCAGAGUAGUAGGAACAAGAGUAUAGCCGUAGA